AGACGAUUUUGACCGAUAGCCCAUCCAUUUUUUUAUUCCAGGCUGUAGACUUUAUUGUCCCAUACGACUUUGAGUAUUGUGAGUGUUAUAAAUACGUUUUGUCUCUCAAACUAAUUAGUAGUUAUUGAACCAAGUUUUGGAUUCACUUGAAUAGUUUUGUUCGAUUUUUAGAACAAAUUUGUAAUCAUUAAAAUGGCGUUAUCUUGUCUUCUGAGAAAUUCCAUUAGGCAUAUUAAAGUAAGCCCCAUCAAGAAUGUAGUACUACAAAAUCAGUUCCGGCUAAGUUCGUGUUUUCCCAACCUCCAGGUGUUCUCAAACAACAAGCCACCAGUCUGCAGCACCAAACUCUCUCAGUUGGACGUGGUAAAAAGAAUCUCAACAAGUCCUAUUGUACAAUCAGAACAUGGAGACCACACCAAGAUCUGGACAGCAGAGCGAGCAUUGUCUGGAGCUCUACUGUUGAUCCUGCCCGUAGCUGUCAUGGUGCCUUCCGCUUUCUUCGACACUCUCAUGGCCCUCUCUAUCACAAUGCACAUGCACUGGGGCAUUGAAGCGAUUGUUGUGGAUUACGUGAGACCCAUCAUCUUCGGCAGUGUAAUUCCCAAGAUAGCUGUCACGUUGGUGUAUGUACUCUCCAUCGCUACUCUUGCUGGCCUUCUCAACUUUAUUUUUAACGAUGUUGGUCUCGCUAAUGGCAUCCGAAUGUUGUGGAAAUUAUAAAGACAGCCGUUCCAGCUUUGUAGACAAGAUCUGGUUGUGUUGUAUUUAAUCAUUUAUUUUCUUAUUCGUCUUUGUUGACAAUAAUUUAAUUUGUAUUGUACAGUAACUAGCUGUUGAUCAUGUAAAAUGAUGCGGUUUAUAAA